AUGGGGCCGGCGACAGUGCAGGCCGGCGGGGGUUCCGGUGGCGUAGCAGUUUUGUGUUCAUCUAUUUUGGUUUCGAUUUCGCCGGUCUACUCCUUGCGCUUGCGGAGGUACUCUCCGAGCUCGACGACGCUGGUGAUUUUCUUCUCGUGUGGUCAGAUUUCGGCCUCUAAACUCUCGCGGUCCGAACCGCGCCGAAUUCACAUCAGAAAAUGCU